UGCAUCUGCUUCACGCAGGCGGGCGGAAUCAUUGCGUCAGUGGCGCACGCAGCCAGGCUUCUGCGCUGGAGGCGCAGAGGAGAGAGAGGAAAAGUUUGUGCGGAUCGGAGCGGCGCGGCGCGGCGGGACGACGCGUUUCCCUCAGACUCACAUUCUACACUUUAUUUGAAGAAGUUCGGCUGGAAGAUCCCCCACCCUCCUUCCGCCCCAACACAAUGGAGCUGCUCUGCCUCGAAAUGGACACCAGCAUACGAGCCCGUCCGGACCCGAACCUCCUGCGCGAUGACAGAGUUCUGCAGAGACUGCUGACCAUCGAGGAGAGAUUCCUGCCGCAGUAUUCUUAUUUCAAAGGCGUCCAGAAAGACAUUCAGCCCUUCAUGAGGAGGAUGGUCGCUACUUGGAUGUUGGAGGUCUGCGAGGAGCAGAAGUGCGAGGAAGAAGUUUUCCCUCUGGCCAUGAACUACCUGGACAGAUUUUUAGCGAUGGUGCCGAUCAAGAAAUGCAACCUGCAGCUGCUGGGCGCCGUCUGCAUGUUCCUGGCCUCCAAGCUGAAGGAGACGCGACCAUUAACGGCAGAGAAGCUCUGCAUCUACACAGAUAACUCCAUCAGGCCGCAGGAGCUGCUGGAAUGGGAGCUGGUGGUUUUGGGGAAGUUGAAGUGGAACUUGGCGGCGGUGACACCAAACGAUUUCAUCGAGCACAUCGUGCGGAGGCUGCCGCUGGCCGACGACAAGCUGGUUCUGAUCCGGAAACACGUCCAGACCUUCAUCGCCCUCUGCGCCACAGAUUUCCGGUUCGCCAUGUACCCCCCCUCCAUGAUCGCCACAGGAAGCGUGGGGGCGGCCAUCUGCGGCCUGCAGCUGGACUCAGCCGACCAAUCCCAGUGGGGCGACAGCCUGACGGACCUGCUGGCCAAAAUCACCAACACAGAGGUGGACGUUCUGAAGGAGUGCCAGGAGCAGAUCGAGCGCGUCCUGGAGAGCAGCCUGCGUGAGGGCCGGCAGCAGCAGCAGCAGACGCAGCGGGGCCCCAGCGGGAAGGGCCUGGACGAGCUGGACCAGGCCUCCACGCCCACAGACGUCCGCGACGUCAACUUGUGAAGCACCAGGGGGCGCCGUCGCACAGGAUUUACAAGAAUCUUUUUUUAAAAAAACUUUGUCUUCAUAAAAGCAGAAAAAAAGAACAAAAGAGCAAAAAAUCGUUAAAAACACAAGACCUUUAAAGAAUACAGAGACAGUGCUGGCUAGUUUUGUAGUUGAUCUUUUCUUCAAGUAAAAACAAACAAAAAAACAGAAAAACUCCUGCUCAUGAAAUAGAUUUUCCCUGAUGCAACAAGCCUGAUGAAGCCUUGGAUGAGGAGAAGGGAAUCGUUUAGAGCUGCAGAGAUGAUUCACCGUCUGCAGGCGGUGGAAGAAGAGGACGCGUCCUCCACUGCCAGAUCGUCCACCUCUGUGGACGGACAGAACUGUAGACGGUCCCGUUGCCAGGCAACUGCUGGAGCGAUAACAGUUAUUAGUAAUAUUUAUAAUUAUGGAUACCAUCAGAAAUAUUUUUUAACUUCAUGAGCUCCUUUGGUUCAGGAUGCCUGAUGCAUCAGUUUGAGGAUGCAGAGUGUGUGUGUGUGUGUGU